AUGGAGGAUAUGGUCGCUGCCGCCGAAGCUGGUGACGUGGCGAACGAGGAUAGGACGUUCUGGUGGCAGGUGGGUUUGGUGCUGGAGCAGGUGAGGGGCCUGCACAUGGGCUUUAACGACGCUGUCACGCCUGAAGAGAGGCUGCAAGCCAUUGACUUUGACAUCAUGAAUCUGCACGGGGACAUCCAGGAUCUACAGUACGUACUCGAUAUAGCGCAUGCUGCACACGCGGACCAUGCCAGCACUGACGCGGAUGGUGACAACAAUGGAAGCAGGAGCGAUGGGGCUGAUGGGGGCAGCAAUGGGGACAGCAAGGGGAGCGAGGGUGUGAAGGAACGACUUAUGCUCGUCCUCCCAGAUGCAUGCUCUGCCAUUAUCAAGCUACUGCCUGGCAACGCGGACCUGCUCACGGCUCAAGCCACGUGGACUCGCCUCGAGACCAUGCUUCGCAUCUACAAGAUCUACGAUUUCUCAUUCCAGCUAAAUCCACCAAUCAACAUCAACGCUGCUGCUGCUGCCACGUCAGCUGCUGACGUCAUCCCAGGUCGUGCCAUGUCGUUCGCCAGCUAUCCCGGCCGUCUGUUUUCCGGCGACGAUUUUUACAUCACCAGUGCCAGGCUGGCAAUUCAGGAGACCACCAUAGGGAAUAACAACGCUGAGCUGUACCGGCGCUACGUGCGGGCCAAUGGCACGGUCUUGGAGUGGAUUCGCAACGUGGUGGCCAACCGGGUGGCGAGCAGCGGGCGGCAAUGGGUGGACGUAUUCUCACGGCACAACAGCGGCACGUACAACAAUCAGUGGAUGGUGGUGGAUUACAAGCUCUUCCUCCCAGGCCUACCUCCCCCGGAUGACACCCUCUGGGUGCUUGAGCAGCUGCCAGGGCACAUUGUAGCGGAGGAUAUGAGCGCCCACCUGCGUGACGAGGGGUACUGGGCGUCGUACAACAACCCGGCCUUCCCCGCGAUCUUCAACCUCAGUGGAUUCGCCGAUCUGGAGCGGCGCCAUGGCGCGUGGUUCUCCCACUCGCAGUGCCCGCGAGCCAAGCUGUUCCGCAGGGACCACGGCCAGGUGGUGGGUGUGGCAUCGCUGCAGCGCCUCAUGCGAUACAACGACUUCAAGCACGACCCGCUCUCCGCCUGCAAAUGCACCCCGCCCUACUCUGCAGAGAUUGCAAUCGCCGCGCGUGGGGAUUUGAACGAGGCGGAUGGGCAGUACGAGUUGCCAUUCCUGGGCCUCAGGGACCAUGCAGAGACGGACUCCAAAAUAACCGGGUACCACAUCUUACAGCACAGCCUGGCAGCACUCGCAAUAAGCGGUCCCACAUACGACCAGCAGCCGCCAUUCCAAUGGAGCAAAUCACCCUUCGCUAAUGUCUCCCAUCUGGGUCAUCCGGACCUGUUUCUCUUCCCAUGGCUCGCCAUCGACUAUGGCUCGGAGGGCACUGGCUCGGAGGGCACUGGCACGGAGGGCACCAGCACGGAGGGCACCAGCACGGAGGGCACCAGCACGGAGGGCACCAGCACGGAGGGCACCAGCACGGAGGGCACCAGCACGGAGGGCACUGGCAGCCGGCUGUCGGUGCGUGUUCAACCCCAGCCACAGCAGCCGGGCACAGCCAACAUGUAG